GCAGCGCUGCCGGACCGACACUUGUCGCCUAUGGGCCAUGCUCCGCAGGGUCUUGCAGCUCGCCUCGAGCCGGGCCUUCGUGAGCCGGAGGCUGAGCACACGCAGAGGAGACUCUACUCGGGAUUGGGAAGGAAAGGUGUCGGAGAUUAAGAAGAAGAUCCAGUCCGUCCUUCCCGGAGGGGCCUGGGACCCCAUAUAUGACACCAGCCACCUGCCUCCUGAACACUCGGAUAUCGUGAUUGUGGGGGGUGGGGUGAUUGGCCUGUCCGUGGCCUAUUGGCUGAAGAAGCUGGAGAAGCAGCGCGGUGCCGUUCAGGUGCUCGUGGUGGAGCGGGACCCUACGUACUCCCGGGCCUCCACCGGGCUCUCUGCCGGCGGCAUUCGCCAACAGUUCUCCUUGCCAGAAAACAUCCAGCUCUCCCUCUCCUCUCUCGACUUCCUCCGGAACAUCAACGAGCACCUGGCUGUGGUCGAUGGCCCCCCGCUGGACCUCCACUUCCACCCUUUAGGUUACCUCCUGCUGGCCUCCGAGAAGGAAGCUGCGCUCAUGGAGAGGAACGUGAGGGUGCAGAGGCAGGAAGGAGCCAAGAUUUGUCUGAUGUCUCCUGAGCAGCUGCAGGCCAAGUUCCCCUGGAUAAACACAGAAGGGGUGGCGUUGGCGUCCUACGGCUUGGAGGGCGAGGGCUGGUUUGACCCCUGGUGUCUGCUCCAGGGCCUCCGGCGGAAGGUGCAGUCGAUGGGCGUCCGCUUCUACCAGGGAGAGGUGACCCGUUUCCUGUGCUCCCAUGACUGCAUGCAGACGGUGAACGGAGACGAGGUGACCUUGAAGCGCAUCUAUCAGGUGCAUGUGAAGAUGGACCGCAGUCUGGAGUACCAGCCCGUGGAGUGUGCCAUCGUGAUCAACGCGGCCGGGGCAUGGUCAGGCCAUGUGGCAGAUCUGGCUGGCAUUGGGCAGGGGCCACCCGGGACCCUGCAGGGCACCAGGCUGCCCGUGGAGCCAAGGAAAAGGUACCUGUACUUCUGGCACUGCCCCCAGGGACCCGGCCUCGAGACCCCCUUCGUUGCAGACAGCAGCGGGGCCUAUUUCCGCCGGGAAGGACUCGGCCACAACUACCUGGGUGGCCGGAGCCCCUUGGAGGAGGACGAGCCCGACCCGGGAAACCUGGACGUGGACCAUAAUUUCUUCCAGGAGAAGGUGUGGCCUCCCCUGGCCCAGCGGGUGCCCGCAUUUGAGUCUCUAAAGGUGCGGAGUUCCUGGGCGGGCUACUACGACUACAACACCUUCGACCAGAACGGCGUGGUGGGCCCCCACCCGCUCGUCACCAACAUGUACUUUGCCACGGGUUUCAGCGGCCACGGGCUCCAGCAGGCACCAGCUGUGGGGCGCGCGGUGGCCGAGAUGGUACUGGAGGGCCACUUCCAGACCAUCGACCUGAGCGCCUUCCUCUUCAGCCGCUUCUUCUUGGGAGAGAAGGUGCUGGAACACAAUAUCAUCUGAGCUGGUGCUGCUUCCUCCCUGGUCAAGGUGGGAGGUGGACUCGUCCCCCCUGAAACUGUCUAUGGCCCCCGCCAACCCCGAGUGCAGGAGCAGACCCAGAGUCCAGCUGCGGCCACCUCUGUGGAGACCCUGCAGAGCACCUCCUGGUCUCAGGCUACGGCCCAGCUCUGCUUCCUGGUGCCCUCCCGGCAGAGCUCAGACAGCAGCGGGGACAGCUUGGCCUGACCUCAGC